AAUGAACCCUUGUUCCAAUUUCACAAAUACUUCUAUAUAAAGAGGACAAUAGAAAACUACAAUGAAAUUGCACCUCUCAUUCCCAAAACACCUAUUAACCUUUCUUACUAGUUCAAAACCCUAAAUAAAAACUACAUCAAAAUCAACAUGAACAAUAUUCACCUUCGAGUUGAAAUGGAGCAGUUACAAAAAAAGAGAAAAUCUUGUGAUGAAGCCUCUACGAAUUUGAAGACUUCCAGAAGAAGAUUAUGUAACAACAAAAAUGAAGAGCAAAACAACAACCAAAACAACGACAACAAGGGAUCAGUGUCCACGACAUUGAAACUUUACGAUGAUCCUUGGAAGAUCAAGAAGUCGCUAACUGAGAGCGAUCUUGGAAUCUUGAGCAGACUCUUGUUGGCUGCAGAUUUGGUGAAGAAACAAAUUUUACCUAUGUUGGAUGUUGACGACGCAAGAGCUGCAGAAACCGAGGAAGGUUCCCCGGUUAAUGUUUGGGACAUGGAAACAAAUUCCAUGCAUGAACUCGUUCUAAAGCGAUGGUCUUCAUCCAAGAGCUAUGUUCUUAUUGUGAGAAAUCAUGUAAAUCGACCAAUCAAGGCAUCACAUGAAGGAUCAAGAAUAUGAAGAUUGAAGACAAUAGAUCUUAGAAAGUUUUUGAAGACAAUACAAAGUGAAGAAGAUUCAUUCCAAGUGCCAAGGCCUGGAAAGACGGAGGAACGGGCGAAAAUGGGUCGAAAACAGCAGAAAUCACACGUGAGGGGUUGCCUCAUGCUCCCAUGCGCAUGAGGCGCUGCGCCAUGCGCUUUGAUGCAGCUUUAGUUGCUGUUCCAUGCGCCCAUGUGCACCGUACCAUGCGCCCUG